AAGUGGAGAAGAGCACGAGGAGCAGAAGCAGAGGCAGGAACAGGAGCAAAAGCAGAAGCAGUAGCAGGAGCCGAAGACCUAGAGCCAGGAUCGCAAGUCGGGGGCAUGUCCACAGCCAAAAGGCUGGUGCUCUCGCUACGUGGACGAAAGAAUUCGCAGGGCAACUCGGCGACCUCAUCCACCCGCCUGGUAUCCGCCGGCACUUCGCCCGGCCAUGAGCUGGACGAAAUAGCGGUGGUCUCAGGCACCGGAUCCAGCAGUCACCACUUCUCCUAUGGCGGCUGCAUUGCCACCGGCGAUGCGCCACUGCCGCGCUACUCAACAGAUCUAGGACCAAAGUUUGGCAUGACCCAGCCGAAAUUCGGCCAGAGUGUCUCGCAACAAGGUUUCUUCACUUCGCACGACAGCCUGGCCACACCAUGCGCCUCCAGGGCCUCCAACUCGCACAUGGCCACCGUAAGCACUGCCUCCGAAAUGGAUCUUCUGCACAACAAGCAACGCAACAAGUCACGCGGACGUCUGAAAACGGCUGCCAGCGGCGAUCAGCCGCUGCUGGGCACCUGGAAUCGCUCCACGGGACGCGGUUCGCAGGAUAACACGCUGGCCGGCGGCGGAGCCACCAGCCUGGCCAUGGGCGGCAUCGGGCACAACCAGUACGGCGGCAACUACUGCAACGGCACGGAUCGCUAUCCGCGCUCCCGAUCACAGCAGCAGGGUCACCACAAUGCCGCCCAGCAGCCGCAUCAUCCUUACCAGCUGCAGCACUCGGCCUCCACGGUGUCGCAUCACCCGCACGCACACGGUCCGCCCUCGCAGGGUGGACCCGGGCCACCUCAUGGCGGUCAUCCGCAUCAUCCGCAUCAUGGUGGCGCCGGCAGUGGUGGCGGCAGCGGAGGCGGACCACAUGGCGGCCAGCCGCAUCAUCAGAAACCACAUCGCACCGCCUCGCAGCGGAUACGGGCGGCGACGGCAGCAAGGAAACUGCACUUUGUGUUCGAUCCGGCGGGGCGGCUGUGCUACUACUGGUCCAUGGUGGUGUCCAUGGCCUUCCUGUACAACUUCUGGGUGAUAAUCUACCGCUUCGCCUUCCAGGAGAUCAACCGGCGCACGAUUGCGAUCUGGUUUUGCCUGGACUACCUGUCUGACUUCCUGUAUCUGAUCGAUAUAUUCUUCCACUUCCGCACCGGCUACCUGGAGGAUGGGGUGCUGCAGACGGAUGCCCUGAAGCUGCGCACCCACUACAUGAACUCGACGAUAUUCUACAUCGACUGCCUGUGCCUGCUGCCGCUGGACUUUCUCUAUCUGUCCAUCGGCUUCAACUCGAUCCUGCGCAGCUUCCGGCUGGUGAAGAUCUAUCGCUUCUGGGCCUUCAUGGACCGGACCGAGCGGCACACCAACUACCCGAACCUGUUCCGGAGUACGGCCCUCAUCCACUACCUGCUUGUGAUAUUCCAUUGGAACGGCUGUCUCUACCACAUCAUCCACAAGAACAAUGGCUUCGGGUCACGCAACUGGGUCUAUCACGACUCCGAGUCGGCCGAUGUGGUCAAGCAGUAUCUGCAGAGCUACUACUGGUGCACCCUCGCCCUGACCACCAUCGGGGAUCUGCCGAAGCCGCGCUCCAAGGGCGAGUAUGUGUUUGUCAUUCUGCAGCUGCUCUUUGGCCUGAUGCUCUUUGCCACGGUGCUGGGACAUGUGGCCAAUAUAGUGACGUCAGUGAGUGCAGCGCGCAAGGAGUUUCAAGCCAAGCUGGAUGGCGUGAAGACGUACAUGCGGAUGCGACGUGUGCCGAAUCAUCUGCAGGUGAAGGUCAUCAAAUGGUUCGAUUACCUGUGGCUCACGCAAAAAUGCUCGGACGAGGAGCGCGCCGUGUCCUGUCUUCCUGAUAAAUUAAAGGCUGAAAUAGCAAUUAACGUCCAUUUAGAUACACUUAAGCGGGUGGAGAUUUUCCAAAACACCGAGGCCGGCUUCCUAUGCGAACUGGUCCUACGCCUGAGGCCGGUGCUCUUCUCGCCCGGCGACUACAUCUGCCGAAAGGGUGAGGUGGGCAAGGAGAUGUACAUUGUGAAUCGAGGACGAUUGCAGGUGGUGGCCGACAAUGGAAAGACGGUGAUGGCCUCGCUGAAGGCCGGUUCCUAUUUUGGCGAGAUUAGUAUACUCAAUAUGGGCACCGCAGGUAAAGAACUUGGCAACCGACGCACAGCCAGCGUUCGCUCGGUGGGAUAUAGCGACCUCUUCGUCCUGAGCAAGAAGGACAUGUGGGACGUGCUGAAGGAGUAUCCGGCGGCGCGUGUUCGUCUGGAGUCGAUAGCCGUCAAGCGAUUGGAGAAGUACAAGAAGGCACCGCUAGAGAAAGUCAAAUACUUUAAUGUAGUUGCCAUGGGUCGCUGCCAAUCGACGCCGGGCCUAGUCGAGAGCUGUGGCCGCACAUCGCUUGAGGAGAUGUGGUUGCCACCGGCAACGAUGCACCACCAUCAGCAGUUACAGCAGCAUCAACAGCAGCUCCAACAGCAGCAACUCCAGCAGCAGCAUCAGGUGGCCCAGCAGCAGCAUGUGCCACAUCGGCAAGAGUCCACGCAACAAUCCUCUCAGUCGCAUGGUUACAGUCCCCGCAGCUAUGCUGACCGCCUGGCCAGGGCCACAGACUCCCCGAGAUCGGUUAGCCCCAGUGCCCACGGGUCCGAGGAGCGACCCCGAAGUCGAGCCACCUCGCACCACUCAAUAAGACCCCAAUCGCAGCCGAGUCACACGGGUCACAUCUGCGACUCCAGUUCACAGCUGGAGUGCUAUGGAGCGGGCGUAGGUGGAGCCGGUGGUGGUACCACUCCCCUUUUGGGCUCUCACGAAGCUCUCGAGGAUGAGAUUAAGCGGCUGAGGGAACGCCUGCAUACAGUGGAAUCAGAGAAUCAGGCUCUGAAUACGAAACUGUCGCAGCAGCAGUGGGAUCUGGAGAAUCGACUGGCCGAAAUAGAGAUGCAGAUCUGCGGUGUGUCGUCCACAUCGAGCGUGGAUCCCGAGAACGAGAACGAGGAGCUGGAACGGAACAGAGAGAGUAUCAUAUAACACGGGAGCGUGCUGCCCCAUCAGGCGAUCGGUAUGGUGUACAUAUCAUGUUCCUCAUGACUCCACGAUCAUCAUCGAUCAUCUGACAACUGACAACUGCAUCCGAUGAAAGGCUGGCGAGGAUUGUCAUCAUCAGCGGGCGCCAUCAUUAAACCGCAUCAUAUCGCAUCUAAACUCUCGCCCCCUCAAUAUCUCCACCUCUCUAUC